GUUUAAAUUAAACCACGAUCACGUCAAUCUUCUGCAGUCCCUCGCCAUGUUCCUCUGCCUCUGUUCCUGAAGACACGCUUCAGGUAUAAAAAGGCGUCCAGAGCCCCUGGAAUCCUACCCCCAGACAGGCACCAGCAUCAUCACAAUGCUUCUUCUCUCCUCCCUCGUCCUCGCCGGCCUGGCAGCCGGCCAGCUGAUCGGCCCCGUGGGUCCUACCACGAACCUCUCCCUCAAGACCCACGAGUGCAGCAUCCUCGACUACGGCGCCGUCGCCGACAACAGCACCGACAUCGCCACCGCGCUCGAGACCACCUUCACCGAGUGCGUGCUCCCCAACCCGGGCAGUCGACUGAUCGUCCCCGAGGGGAACUACCUGAUCGAGCGCGGGGUCGUGCUCAGCAACGCGACCAACUGGGCGUUCCAGCUGGAUGGGCUGAUCACCGCCGCCUACGGGGGCAACUGGACCAUUGAACGUGCGUUGAUCCUCCAGGGCUAUGCCGGCGUGGACGUGCUCAAUUCCACCAUCAACGGUGAGGGUGACCAGAAGUUCCUGCUAGAUGUGCUUGUGAUUGUGAAUGCGGUCGAUUUCGAGUUCUACUCGUCCAACGGACUCGGUGCAAUCCAGGGCCAGGGAUACAUCUAUCGGAACCUCAACAACACCGAUCGCCCCCGUCUCGUGCGCGUCGUCUCGGCUAUCAAUGCCACCGUCCACGACUUGAUCCUGGUCGACAGCCCUAAGUUCCACUUCGUGCUGGACUUUGGCGUGAACGUCGAGGUCUACCACUUGACGAUCCGCGGGGCGAACCUGGGCAGUUACGACGGCAUCGAUGCUAUCGGUACCAACUACUGGAUCCAUGACAACGAGGUCACCAACCGCGACGAAUGCGUCUCCGUCAAGAGCCCGUCCCACCACGCCCUGGUCGAGAACCUGGUUUGCAACCAGGCCGGCUCGGGGAUCUCCAUUGGCAGCCUGAACGUCUCUGCCGAGAUCUCCAACAUUGUCGCCAAAAACAUCAGCAUCAUCCAAGGCAACAACAUCGCCUUCAUCAAGACCUACCCCGGGGGCUCGGGGUACGUCACCAACGUCACCUUCGAGAACUUCCGGUCCAAGGCCAGUCUGUACGGGCUGAGCGUCAACCAGUACUGGCAGAACACCUUCGAGCCGGACACGGGCGCGGUAGCGUUGAGCAACCUGGUCUUCAAGAACUUUUCCGGCUCCGUCGCGCAGGGCACCGUCCGCCCGCCGCUCUACCUCAUCGCCAACGACCUCACCUACGCCACGAACGUGACGAUCGAGGAUUUCACCGUCUGGACCGAGACCGGCACCACCGUACUCAACAAAAUCAACAACGUCUUCGGGACGGGCGACGAUUCCUACGGCGCCAACGACGGGAUCAAGUCCCUCGCGCCGGGGGAGACCCCCACCACGUACACGAGCACGUACACCAUCACGGCGUCGCCGACGGGGUGGACGGCCCCCGCGUCGCCGACGUGGGCGGUGCCGAGCACGGGCUACGGGACUGCGUCGCCGAUUCCGGUGUACACGCCCAAGCCGCUGUGGAGGCCUGGCGGGGUGGAUUAUGAUCUGCACUACUGGGGGAGCUUUUGA